GCGCGACGUCAUAUUUGGGUCAAAACCGACGGUGAAGCACAUGGAGCGGCCGACGGUCGCGGUGCUGGGCGCGCCAAGGACUGGCAAGACGUCGCUCAUCUACGCGCUCGGGCGCGGUCUCGGCGGCGACGUCACCUGUGUAUCGUCGCCGACCUCAUCGCUGUUUGCGUUGGGCAAAGGUGUCACAGCGCUCGAGCGGUGUCUUGAUGACGUCGAAAGCGCUCUCCUGGACACGCGUCUUGUGUUUUUGGUGUUUGAUGUGACGGCGCCCGAGACGUUUGCUGCCGUCGUCGCCAAGGGCGCGGCGCUCCAGUCGCUUGACCGCACGAUCGCGCUCGUGGGCACGAACGCCGACUUGAUGCCGACCGAUCACGACGCGGUGCUCGUCGCGUCCGAAGCGCGCAUCUUCGCCUCGAGUGAGUUUGCCCUGUACGCCGAAGUGCACGCGACCCCGCCUGCUGGUCUCGACGCCCUGCUAUCGCUUCUCCACGCCGCAAUCCCGGUCAAGAAGCCGCAGGUGCGCAAAGACAUUUGGCUCUACGAUCCGUACGACGACAAUGCGCCGCCGCGGAGCCCGACGCGCGCGAUGAACGAGAUUUACUUGUGCGGACGAGCCAAAGCGCUCGCGACCGAGCGUGCGAUCAGUGCCAAGUACGAGCACAAGCGGUACGGGUCGCCCAAAGCGACCCGAAGCGUGGCGCCGCAACCGGCCCCGGUGCCCCGCCAAGCCCAACGCCGUCAGUCCACCGGGCGACAUAGUACGCUCAUGAGCGGCACCCAAGCCAGUGUCGCGCGGGUCAAAGCCAUCCAGGCGUACAAGCCGCAGCGCGAGGCGGUCGACCCAAAGAUCCGAGUCCAGUGGCACCGACCGAGGUCGCCGGUUGACGAGGCGCCGGUGCCCGUGCGGCGCGUAGAGACACGGGCUGCGGUUCAAGCACGGGUCCCCACCGCCGACGCUACUGCAAUCGAUACAAGCUGCCACGUCAUAUCGGCGUCGCAGCAAAGCGAGCCGAUGGAAGUUCCUGGUCCUUGCGUCGUACUUGACGUUCCGACGUUGCCUAGUACCACCACAGAUGGCGGCGACGUAGUUUCCCAUAUGGACCACAACGUCACGCGCUGCGGUAUUAGUAGCCAGCCCGACGCGGCGAGUCCCACGCUCCCCGAGGUAAACGGCAACGCGGACAAGACUUUCGUGGUGUCGAGUCCAGGCGUCGAUUUGCCGACAGACACAGCAGAGCCGGAGCCGUCCAAUACGCAAGCGGUGGACCCGGACGCGACGUUCUUCGACUUCGACGAUGACGACGCCGCGGUCACAUUCGACGACGACGAUAUUCUGGACGCGUUGGAUUCGUUCCAGUUGUCCAUUUAAUAAGACUACUACGGACAACUUGUCUGCUUGUGGUCUCAGUGCUA